CCCUGGGCGGUUGAAAGAAAGCGUUAUGGCCUUUCCUCCCCCAAAUCCGAAUGGGCUCGCCGGCGGCGAGCUCGGCCACUCCGGCUCCGGCGACCGAGCCUCCCCUCCCCAUCUCUCUCCAGCAUACAUAGUCUCCGUGCCCCCCAGCCCCUCCCCUCUCCUUUCCACCACCGGACGGCAAAGGCGCGCGCUCGGCGGCGCACCGUCGGUCAGUCGCCAGACUCCUUCCACCGGCUGUCGAAAGGGCUGUCUCUGCGGUGGCGCAUGCUGGUGGGCGGCGAGCUGGCUGGUUGGCUCCGAUCCGGUUGGGCGGUGGGGUUUGGAGUUGGGAGAAAUCCUUGCCGGGUCUUUCGGCUACGAUGCGGUGACGACUGCGGGUGCCACCAUUCCUCCCUGGAGGGUGUCGGUGGUCUUCAUUCCCCUCUACCCUUCGCGUGCCGCGGGAAACCCUAGGACACGUCCGGGCAGCAGCGUCGUCGGCGUUGCAUUCCUUCCUGGGGGUGCUGCUUGGUAUGCGGAGGAUCGGAGCCUAGGAUCGUGGUGGGUAGAUUUCGGAGGGCGCAGCGGUAGUGGGUCAUCCGCGCUUUGUCGAGCUGCAGGUGUUGGCAUUGUUUCUUCUUCUUUUUCUUUGGCUUGUUGUGUUGCUCACCCUAGCGUUUGAUCUGUGCUCGGUGUUGGUGCUUUGGAAUACAAAGCGGGGGGAAACCCUUUUUCGGUAAAGGGUUGGGCUUUGGUUUCCGCAUGGGCUAUAUAUCGUUAGGUGUCCCUGAUUGGAGGUUGGUUUCCGACUCACUUUACCCUUCAGUUUGAAGAAAUACUUGUGUGAAUGUCAGGUGUAAUUUGGUUUUCCACUAUUGGUUAAGGAAUGCUAAUAAUGAAAUAACUGAUAGAGCUGCUAAUGGAUUUCA